AUGGCGCCGCUCCUGGCGGAUGUACCCGGGGAGGCCGGGAGCGGGCUGACCGGAGAAAGCAGCCCCGGAGCCGUGAGCUUCGCGGACGUGGCCGUGUACUUCUCCCGGGAGGAGUGGGGGUGUCUGCGGCCCGCGCAGUGGGCCCUGUACCGGGACGUGAUGCGGGAAACUUACGGCUACCUGGGCGCGCCCGGAUUUUCUGGCCCCAAACCCGCUUUUAUUUCUUGGGUGGAAUGAGAGGUGGAGGCGUGGAGCCCAGAGGCCCAGGAUCCGGAGGCCCAGGAUCCGGAGGGUGAGACCCCAGCAGCUGUCAUCAGAGACAGGGGAAAGAUAACAGGAUCCAGGGAUGAGCGUGAAGAGAAAGAACUGAUGAAGAGUCCAAAGCAAAAAGGGAUGGAGCGUGAGGAAAUGUCUCUCGAGGAGUGGUCACCACGCAGCAGGCCACCGGCUGCCGGUCACAGAACCACCUGCUCAGAGAUCUGCUGGAACUCUGGGCAGAGCCCAGUCAAGCCUUGGUUCAAGGACACUACAACCCGCAGAUCACCCUUCUCCUGCUCAGACUGUGGCCGCAACUUCAGCUACCCCUCCCUCCUGACCACCCACAGGCGGGUCCACUCCGGGGAGUGGCCCUUCCCCUGUGACCAGUGCCAGGCCUGCUUCUCCCAGCACAAGUACCUGCUCCAGCAUCAGCUCAUCCACACAUGGGAAAAGCCCUACUCGUGCCCUGACUGUGGGCGACGUUUCCGCCAGAGGGGCUCCUUGGCCAUCGACAGACGGGCUCACACCAGGGAGAAGCCCUACCCAUGCCCAAACUGCAAAAGUCGCUUCACUUACCCCUACCUGCUAGCAAUCCACCAGCGCAAACACACAGGCGAGAAGCCCUACAGCUGUCCCAGCUGCGGCCUCCGUUUUGCCUACAGCUCCCUGCUGGCCAUCCACAGGCGCACCCAUACAGACGAGAAGCCCUACCCCUGUGCAGACUGUGGCCACCAGUUCACCUACUCCUCUCUCCUCCUCAGUCACCAGCGCAUUCACUCUGACAACCGGCCCUUCCCCUGCCCACAGUGUGGGAAGGGCUUUAAGCACAAGUAUGCCUUGGAAGCCCACCAGUGGAUCCAUCGCUCUGGCAAGAGGCCGAGGUGGCAGCGGCCUGCGGUAGGGCUCUCGGAGCCAGUCCUUGUUUUGCGAGGCCAGGAUCCCCCAGUCCAUUUCCGGUGCUUUCCAGAUAUAUUUCAAGAAUGUGGGUGAUAGAGCUCGCAGAGAUGACCUGUUUUCUUUGGAAGGGAAAAGGCA